AUGAAUGAUAAAUCAUCUUCAAUAGUUUGGGAUACUUUCCUUAAAUUCAAAAUUAAUGUAAAAGGUGUUGAAAGUCAAUAUGCACUUUGUAGUAAAUGUCCACAAUUCGAUAUUCCGUCAAAAGAAUUCGAAUCAAAAGUUGAUUUUAAAUCAUGGUUAAAAAAUAAACAUUUUAAAUCAGUGGUCUCUGUAUAUCUCCUUUAA